AUGGCGCAGCCCGGGCAGAGCGCGGCCGCCGCGCUGGCCUCCAGCCUGGAGUCGGUGCUGCGGAGCCGGGGCAGCGCCAACCGCGUCUUCGAGAUCCUGGAGCUGCUGCAGGUGGACGAGGAGGACGUCAUCCUUUGUGCCAUCAGAACCUGCAGCCGGCUGUUUGGGACGCUGCUGGAGCGGGGGGAGCUGUUCGUAGGCCAGCUGCCGGAAGAAGAGACCUCUCUCGCAGAUAACUACAGUGCAGAAGACAAAUACAAAAUAUGGAUGAGGCAUCGUUAUAACAGUUGUGUCAACUGCUUGGUGGAGCUGAUGGGCCAUGAGUCUUUUCAGGUCAAGGAAUUAUCACUCGUUACCCUCAUGAAGUUUGUUGAGUUGGAAGGGAAAUACCCUUUGGUCAAAGCAGAAUGGAAAGGGAGUUUCCAUUUCCCUCGUGAGCUUUUAAAAUUAGUUGUGGAGAACUUAAUCCCUUGUGAAGAGGACUCUUCGCUCCUGAUUUCACGUUUCCAAGAAUACCUGGAGUAUGAUGACAUUCGGUACUUUGUGAUGAAGGCUGUCGCUGAAAAUAUUGGGCAAGUCAUGCAGAAGACACAAGAGGUUCCGCUUCCAGUUUACCAACAGAAUGUAUUUUCCCUCAUUUCAUCAAUUAGCAUGCCAAGCCAAGAGAGUGAGGUGGUCAGUUUCAUGGUGAAGCAAGCUAACCAGGAAGAAUGGAAGGUAUCGAACCUAAAGGAGCAUAAGCGGGCUUUUGAAAGGAUGUGGCUUGGCUUUCUUAAACACAAGCUACCCAACGGCCUUUACAAAAAGGUUCUUGUAAUUUUGCACGACUCUAUCCUGCCUCACCUGAAUGAACCCACCCUUAUGAUUGACUUCCUGACAGUCGCCUAUGACAUAGGUGGAGCAAUCAGUCUUCUAGCCUUAAAUGGGUUAUUUGUUCUGAUUCAUCAGCAUAACCUGGAAUACCCCGACUUUUACAAAAAGCUGUACAGCCUCUUAGACCCCUCCAUAUACCACGUGAAGUACCGAGCCCGGUUUUUCCAUUUAGCCGAUUUAUUUUUGUCUUCAUCGCACUUGCCAGCAUAUCUGGUGGCAGCGUUCAUAAAGCGCCUCUCUAGGUUGGCCCUCACCGCUCCGCCUCAGGCUUUGCUCAUGGUCAUUCCCUUCAUCUGCAAUCUUUUCCGGAGGCACCCAGCUUGCAAGGUUCUUGUGCACAAACCUGGCGGACCUGAAGAUCUGUCAGAAGAUCCAUACAUUAUGGACGAGGAAGAGCCAUCCGAAAGCAGGGCUUUGGAGAGCUCUCUGUGGGAGCUACAGACUCUUCAGAGCCACUAUCACCCUGAUGUGGCCCAAGCAGCUGCCGUUGUGAACCAAUCGCUGUCUGAACUAGAAGAUGAUGUAUCGGAGCUCCUGGAGCUAUCUGCCUAUGAGCUUUUUGAUAGAGAGCUAAAGAAAAAAGUCACCAGCGUGCCCCUGGAGUUUGAACAAGUGAGAGGCUUGUUUGGCAAGAAGGACGAUCUCUUUGCGGAGCAUUUUGCGCUGGAAUGAUGCUGCCUUUCUGUAAUACACGUUUCUGUAUGACUGACUCUGACUGUGGAAGACACACCCAGCUGAUCCAUGAGUAUUUCCGUUGAAGUUUGGCUGUGAAAUCCAAGUUGAUGGUUGGACUAAUUGAGAUGUUCCUGUGAUCUUCAUCCACCUCCACAAAUGGGCUGCUCCUCCUCUUCCUAACAGAUUCCUUGUUUCUCACUGGCCUCCCUUUUGCAUUUUAUCUUCACCUCCUGCCUGGGAUCAGAAAGCAUCUUUCUCUAUGGGCAGUUAUUCCAUAAUUGUUCACUGCUGGGUUCUUGCACCUUCCUAUGAAGUGUCUGGUGUGGGUUAUUGUUGAUUGGAUUCGGGGCGGGAGGGACCUGAUGUACUCUGGCAGUGCACUCCUCACAUUGGCAUCUGGGUGUGUGGAGGUGAGGGGAGUGGGAACCUUCUGAGUCCAUUAGACCUGGGUCCUGCCCGGGUUUCACUCCGGAGAUGGCCCCACUCUUGUGGUGUAGGACUUGGGCCUGCUGCAGGCGAUCUCAAUAUAUGGCUUGUAAAUUGGUGUCAGGUGAAUGACGCUACAACCAUUAUCGUCUACAUAUAUUUGACAAACUUCAGCUAGUAAGAAACUAGUUUAAUCGGAGUAGUAUUAUAAACCUUUACAGGUACUGGGUUUUGGCUCCUGCAUGCAGAGGCUGGAAGAACGGACUCGAUUUCCAAAAGCAGCUGUUCACAGAUGACACCAACUAACUCCAUCUACUAUGGUGGUGAUGGGACCAAAUUCUUGCAUACACUUCAGUCACUUGGUACAAAGUUACCUUAGCAGAACGUUAGCACAGGCUAAAUCUGUCCUGCUUUGAACAUGAGCAUACUCUUGGGGAUUACUGUGGCUAAAUUUCCGGUCAAACUGCAGUGGGAGGCCAUGUUGAUCCUGCGUAUUAUUUCCCGAGUGCUGAGAGUUGGUUAAACAUAGUUCCACUUACAACUUAGAGGAAGAGAAAUGUAGCCAGUGGAAGCCUGAAUGCCAGUCAGGAGUUAAAUAGUGUCUUUCCACUGUUUGAUGAAGCUAGAUGAAUAGUUUGGCAAAGCCCCAGACUUGGAUUUCCAGAAGUGAUACAGAAAUUUCCUUUGCUGUUGACUUGUGCUUGAAUCUUGAAAGACGUUGAGUGCGCAGCUGGAGAUCCAGUUACGUGCAUGCUUAAGUUAAGCAUGUGAGUAGUCUCUUUGAAAUCAAUGGGAUCCAACGGUCUUAA